UCCCUGGGGGCCUGGGUCCGCUUCUGCCGGCGGCUCCUUCGGUCCUCGCGCGUCGCAGACCGGAGCGGGACAGCAGCCGCGACUGUCCCCGACACGCGGGCUGGGCCGGGCUGGACGCAGGUCAGAGAAAAAGGGGCGAGCGGCAGUCACCGAGAAGACGAGGGAGUGUGGCUUUAGGACUUGCAGCCCGGCCUUCCCCGGCAGGGACCCCGACGCCCACAGGGACCAUGCAGAGGUCGCCUCUGGAAAAGGCCAGCGUCAUCUCCAAACUUUUUUUCAGCUGGACCAGACCAAUUUUGAGGAAAGGGUAUAGACAACGCUUGGAAUUGUCAGACAUAUACCAAAUCCCUUCUUCUGAUUCUGCUGACAAUCUCUCUGAAAAACUGGAAAGAGAAUGGGACAGAGAACUGGCAUCAAAGAAAAAUCCGAAACUCAUUAAUGCCCUUCGGCGGUGCUUUUUCUGGAGAUUUAUGUUCUAUGGAAUCUUAUUAUAUUUAGGGGAAGUCACCAAAGCAGUCCAGCCUCUCUUACUGGGAAGAAUCAUAGCCUCCUAUGAUCCAGAUAACAAGGUGGAGCGCUCCAUUGCGAUUUACCUAGGCAUAGGCUUAUGCCUUCUUUUCAUUGUGAGAAUGCUGCUCCUGCACCCGGCCAUUUUUGGCCUUCAUCACAUUGGAAUGCAGAUGAGGAUAGCUAUGUUUAGUCUCAUUUAUAAGAAGACUUUAAAGCUGUCAAGCCGUGUUCUAGAUAAAAUAAGUAUUGGACAACUUGUUAGUCUCCUUUCCAACAACCUGAACAAAUUUGAUGAAGGACUUGCAUUGGCACAUUUUGUGUGGAUCGCUCCUUUACAAGUGACUCUCCUGAUGGGGCUGCUCUGGGAGCUGCUCCAGGCCUUCACCUUCUGUGGGCUUGCUUUCCUCAUCGUCCUUGCCCUCCUUCAAGCUGGCUUGGGGAGAAUGAUGAUGAAAUACAGAGAUCAGAGAGGUGGAAAAAUCAAUGAAAGACUUGUGAUCACCUCAGAAAUGAUUGAAAAUAUUCAGUCUGUUAAGGCAUACUGCUGGGAGGAAGCAAUGGAAAAAAUUAUUGAAAACCUGAGACAAACAGAACUGAAACUGACCCGGAAGGCAGCCUACGUGAGAUACUUCAAUAGCUCAGCCUUCUUCUUCUCGGGAUUCUUUGUGGUAUUUUUUUCUGUGCUUCCCUAUGCACUGAUCAAAGGAAUCGUCCUUCGAAAAAUAUUCACAACCAUCUCAUACUGCAUUGUUCUGCGCAUGGCAGUCACCCGGCAGUUCCCCUGGGCUGUGCAAACAUGGUAUGACUCUCUUGGAGCAAUUAACAAAAUACAGGAUUUCUUACAAAAGCAGGAGUAUAAGACAUUGGAAUAUAACUUAACAACUACAGAAGUAGUGAUGGAGAAUGUAACAGCCUUCUGGGAGGAGGGAUGUGGGGAAUUAUUUGAGAAAGCAAAACAAAACAAUAUUAAUAGAAGAAUUUCCAGCGGUGAUAACAGCCUCUUCUUCAGUAACUUCUCACUCCUUGGUGCUCCUGUCCUGAAAGAUAUCAAUUUCAAGAUAGAAAGAGGACAGUUGCUGGCAGUUGCUGGGUCCACUGGAGCAGGCAAGACUUCACUUCUAAUGAUGAUUAUGGGAGAACUGGAGCCUUCAGAGGGUAAAAUUAAGCACAGUGGAAGAAUUUCAUUCUGCUCUCAGUUUUCCUGGAUUAUGCCUGGCACCAUUAAGGAAAACAUCAUCUUCGGUGUUUCCUAUGAUGAAUAUAGAUACACGAGUGUCAUCAAAGCAUGCCAGCUAGAAGAGGACAUUUCCAAGUUUGCAGAGAAGGACAAUAUAGUUCUUGGAGAAGGUGGAGUCACACUGAGUGGAGGUCAGAGAGCAAGAAUUUCUUUAGCAAGAGCAGUAUACAAAGAUGCUGAUUUAUACCUACUAGACUCCCCUUUUGGAUACUUAGAUGUUUUAACAGAAAAAGAAAUAUUUGAAAGCUGUGUCUGUAAAUUGAUGGCUAACAAAACUAGGAUUUUGGUCACUUCUAAAAUGGAACAUUUAAAGAAAGCUGACAAAAUAUUAAUUUUACAUGAAGGUAGCAGCUAUUUUUAUGGGACAUUUUCUGAAUUACAAAACCUACGGCCUGACUUCAGCUCAAAGCUCAUGGGAUUUGAGUCUUUCGACCAGUUUAGUGCAGAAAGAAGAAAUUCCAUCCUAACAGAGACGUUAAGGCGUUUCUCAUUAGAAGGAGAUGCUGCUGUCACCUGGAAUGAAACAAAAAGACAAUCUUUUAAACAGACUGGAGAGUUUGGUGAAAAAAGGAAGAACUCUAUUCUUAAUCCAAUCAACUCUAUAAGGAAAUUUUCAAUUGUACAAAAGACUCCAUUACAAAUGAAUGGCAUUGAAGAAAAUUCUGAUGAGCCUUUAGAGAGAAGGUUGUCCUUAGUUCCAGAUUCUGAGCAGGGAGAGGCUAUUCUGCCUCGAAGCAACAUGAUCAACACUGGCCCCACGUUUCAGGGACGAAGGAGGCAGUCGGUUCUGAAUAUGAUGACUUGCUCCUCAGCGAACCAAGUUCAGAACACUCACCGAAAGAAAGCAGCAUCCACACGGAAAAUGUCACUGGCCCCUCAGGCAAACUUAACUGAAAUGGAUAUAUAUUCAAGGCGGUUAUCUCAAGAGAGUGGCUUGGAAAUAAGUGAAGAAAUUAAUGAACAAGAUUUAAAGGAGUGUUUUUUUGAUGACUUGGAGAGCAUACCAGCAGUGACUACGUGGAACACAUACCUUCGAUAUCUCACUGUCCAUAAGAGUUUAAUUUUUGUGCUUAUUUGGUGCUUAGUUAUUUUUCUGGUUGAGGUGGCUGCUUCUUUGGUUGUGUUGUGGCUACUUAGAAAAACACCCCCUCAAGACAAAGGGAAUAGUACUAAGAAUGCAAAUAACAGUUACGCAGUGAUCGUCACCAGCACCAGCUCAUUUUAUGUUUUUUACAUCUAUGUGGGAGUAGCUGACACUUUGCUCGCCCUGGGAGUCUUCAGAGGUUUACCACUGGUGCAUACUCUAAUCACAGCGUCGAAGAUUUUACACCACAAAAUGUUACAUUCUGUUCUUCAAGCACCUAUGUCAACCCUCAACACGUUGAAAGCAGGUGCAAUUCUUAAUAGAUUCUCCAAAGAUAUAGCAGUUUUGGAUGAUCUUCUGCCUCUUACCAUAUUUGACUUCAUCCAGCUGUUAUUAAUUGUGAUUGGAGCGGUGGCAGUUGUCUCAGUUUUACAACCCUACAUCUUCCUGGCAACAGUGCCAGUGAUAGCUGCUUUUAUUCUGUUGAGAGCCUACUUCCUCCAUACCUCACAACAACUCAAACAACUGGAAUCUGAAGGCAGGAGUCCUAUUUUCACUCAUCUUGUUACAAGCUUGAAAGGACUGUGGACACUGCGUGCCUUUGGACGGCAGUCUUACUUUGAAACUUUGUUCCACAAAACUCUGAAUUUACAUACUGCCAACUGGUUCUUGUACCUGUCAACACUGCGCUGGUUCCAAAUGAGGAUAGAAAUGAUUUUUGUCAUCUUCUUCAUCGCUGUUACCUUCAUAUCCAUUUUGACAACAGGUGAAGGAGAAGGAACAGUUGGCAUUAUUCUAACUUUAGCCAUGAAUAUCAUGAGUACAUUGCAGUGGGCUGUAAAUUCCAGCAUAGAUGUGGAUAGCUUGAUGCGAUCUGUGAGCCGAGUCUUCAAGUUUGUUGACAUGCCGACAGAAGAAAGUAAGCCUACUAAGUCAAUCAAACCAUCAAAAGAUGGCCAGCUGUCAAAAGUUAUGAUUAUCAAGAACCAACAUGUGAAGAAAGAUGACAUCUGGCCCUCAGGAGGCCAAAUGAUUGUCAAAGAUCUCACAGCGAAAUACACAGAUGGUGGGAAUGCCAUAUUAGAGAACAUUUCCUUCUCCAUUAGUCCUGGACAGAGGGUUGGCCUCUUGGGAAGAACGGGAUCAGGGAAGAGUACUUUGUUAUCAGCCUUGUUGAGACUGUUGAACACUGAAGGAGAAAUCCAAAUAGAUGGCGUGUCUUGGGAUUCAAUAACUUUGCAAGAGUGGAGGAAAGCCUUUGGAGUCAUACCUCAGAAAGUAUUUAUCUUUUCUGGAACAUUUAGAAAAAACUUGGAUCCCUAUGGACAGUGGAAUGAUCAAGAAAUAUGGACAGUUGCAGAUGAGGUUGGACUCAGAUCAGUGAUAGAGCAAUUUCCUGGGAAGCUUGAUUUUGUCCUUGUGGAUGGGGGAUAUGUCCUAAGUCAUGGCCACAAGCAGUUGAUGUGCUUGGCCAGAUCCGUUCUCAGCAAGGCAAAGAUCUUGCUGCUUGAUGAACCCAGUGCUCAUUUGGAUCCAAUAACAUACCAAGUCAUCCGAAGAACCCUAAAACAAGCAUUUGCUGAUUGCACGGUAAUCCUCUGUGAACACAGGAUAGAAGCAAUGUUGGAAUGUCAACGAUUUUUGGUCAUAGAGGAGAACAAAGUGCGGCAGUACGACUCCAUCCAGAAGCUGCUAAGCGAGAAGAGCCUCUUCCGGCAGGCCAUCAGCCACUCUGACCGGCUGAGGUUCUUCCCGCACCGCAACUCCAGCAAGCAAAAGUCUCGGUCCCAAAUCGCUGCCUUGAAGGAGGAGACGGAAGAAGAGGUGCAAGAAACAAGACUUUAGAGAGCAGAACAAAUGUUUUCAUGGGAUGUUCAUUCAUGGAGGAGAAAACAGUUUCUGCCUCGGAAAACAGGAGUGGAUAUUGUUUCUUUUUUUUUAAGGAAAAACUUUGUUAGGAAGAAGUAAGGAUGUUCAUAUGCAUCUGGAUAAAUGCCUUCCUGGUGAUGGUCAAAUUAUGUGAAAGGUACUUCAAAUCCUUGAAGAUUUAUGGCUUGUGUUCACAAGGCAGAUUUUGCUGAAAACUUUUUCCCCUUGGUAGUAAUUGGAAAGGUGGCUGUAAACAUCAGCCAACUUAAUUGUUCAACUUAUUGUGUAGGGAAGCAUGAAUUUGUAUUAUUGGAGAAGAACUGUAAUCAUACUACUUAUAGAUAUGAUUAAGUGAUGAAAACUGGAAAUUUUAGUGGUUUAUAUAAGUUUAUACCCACUUUUCUCCACUCUCUCCAAGACAUUUAAAAACACAAGUAGAUGGUCUGUUAAUCCAAAGAAGUAUUAGAAUACCAUGAGAAUCACAAGACAGCCAUUAAAUUUUGCAACAUACAACAUCCAGGUAUCAGUCAGAGAGAACUUCUUGAUCCUAGAGAUCAGGGUAGGUUUACCAUUCAGCUCUACCAAAAAUGAGAUAAUCAGAACAUAUUCCUUACCUGGGAAAAGGGCUGUUACAGUCCCAUGCAGGGGACAUGCUCCCUUGAUGCAGAAGUUGACCUCUUUCCCCAGCUUCCAGAAAGUAACAAGCUCUUCAGACCUUUGAACUGAAGGAUGGCUCGAAAGUGCUUUAAUGCAGACUGGCACAGGGGAAGCCUUCUUAUGCAGAAGCUCCAGGUGGGGAGUGCAUAGGCAGGUAGGCUGUGGUGCUGCAGGUAGGUACACGUGAAAUCUGAAGACCUAGGUAUAUAUAGGGUGAUUUGUAUUUUCAGGCUAGCAUGUAUUUCAUACUGUGUAUACUGAGUGGGAGAGAUAAAGGGAGACACAUGGAAGAAAAGUCAAUCAUGAAUUAGUUUUAUAUGCUUCUGUUUUAUAAUUUUGUGAUGCAAAUAAAAUUUUCUCUAGGAAAUGUUAUUUAUUUUAAUAAUGUUUCACACUCAUAAAAUGGCUGUAUUUUAAUGAUUAUAUUAUGAAUUAUAUUUGUAUAAAAGGAUUUUUAUAUUUGAAAUGUUGACUUUUUAUGGCACUAGCUAUUUUUAUGAUACAUUAUGUUAAAAUUAGGGAAAACAAAACCUUUGGGGGAUAUUGGCCAGGCCCUGUGGAUUACCUUAGUAGUGUGGAGAAAAGCACUGGGGCUCACACAAAUGUUGCACACAUCUGUAUGAUUCCCAGCUAGCACACAGGUACCCUCCUCGAUGCUGUUCUAAAAGAAAUGGUACCAAGAAAUCUGACUGCUACUAUCAAGGACACAGCGCCAACUCCAAACUAACCCUUAAGAUUGAAUUCUAUUUAUUACUGUAAGACAGUAUCACAUGUCAAUAAAUCCAUACAUUUAUGUGAAACU